CGAAGCGGCGGUAGGUGUCGGUGCUGGUGGCGGCGGCGACGGUUUCGUGGCGGCCGCGCGCUGCUCUCUGAGCGGCGGGUGGCGGACGGGCUUAGGCCCUCACUCCUGACACUUCCCCUCCCCCUCCCCCCGGACAGCGCUUUCUGAAGCCAAGAUUCAUUUUGAAGAUGUUUAAUAAGUCAUUUGGAACACCCUUUGGGGGUGGCACAGGUGGCUUUGGCACAACUUCAACAUUUGGGCAGAAUACUGGCUUCGGCACUACUAGUGGAGGGGCAUUUGGAACAUCUGCAUUUGGUUCUAGCAAUAAUACUGGAGGCCUGUUUGGAAAUUCACAGACCAAACCAGGAGGAUUAUUUGGUACCAAUUCAUUUAGCCAGCCAGCUACCUCCACGAGCACUGGCUUUGGGUUUGGCACAUCAACAGGAACAUCAAAUAGCUUGUUUGGAACUGCAAGCACAGGGACCAGUCUCUUCUCAUCCCAAAACAAUGCCUUUGCACAAAAUAAACCAACUGGCUUUGGGAAUUUUGGAACAAGUACUAGCAGUGGGGGACUGUUUGGAACUACGAAUACCACCUCCAAUCCUUUUGGUAGCACAUCAGGCUCCCUCUUUGGGCCAAGUAGUUUUACAGCUGCUCCUACUGGGACUACUAUUAAGUUUAAUCCUCCAACUGGUACAGAUACUAUGGUUAAAGCUGGAGUUAGCACUAAUAUCAGUACAAAGCACCAGUGUAUUACUGCUAUGAAAGAAUAUGAAAGCAAGUCACUAGAGGAACUUCGUUUAGAGGAUUAUCAAGCUAACCGGAAAGGCCCACAGAGCCAGGUGGGAGCAGGUACCACGACUGGCUUGUUUGGGUCUUCUCCAGCCACCUCCAGUGCAACAGGACUCUUCAGCUCCUCCACCACUAAUUCAGGCUUUGCCUAUGGUCAGAACAAAACAGCCUUUGGAACUAGUACAACUGGAUUUGGAACAAAUCCCGGUGGUCUCUUUGGCCAACAGAAUCAGCAGACUACCAGCCUCUUCGGCAAACCAUUUGCCCAGGCCAUAACCACCCAGAACACUGGCUUUUCCUUUGGCAAUACCAGCACACUAGGACAGCCGAGCACCAACACCAUGGGUUUAUUUGGAGUAACCCAAGCCUCGCAGCCUGGAGGUCUUUUUGGGACAGCUACAAACACCAGCACUGGGACAGCAUUUGGAACAGGAACAGGCCUCUUUGGGCAGACCAAUACUGGAUUUGGUGCUGUUGGUUCGACCCUGUUUGGCAAUAACAAGCUUACUACAUUUGGAACCAGCACAACCAGUGCUCCUUCAUUUGGUACAACCAGUGGCGGGCUCUUUGGUAACAAACCAACCCUGACUUUAGGAACCAAUACAAACACUUCCAAUUUUGGUUUUGGCACAAAUACCAGUGGGAAUAGUAUUUUUGGAAAUAAAGCAGGACCUGGGACUCUGGGAACUGGGCUUGGUGCAGGAUUUGGAACAGCUCUUGGUGCUGGACAGGCAUCUUUGUUUGGGAACAACCAGCCUAAGAUCGGAGGGCCUCUUGGUACAGGAGCCUUUGGGGCCCCUGGAUUUAAUACUACGACAGCCACUUUGGGCUUUGGAGCCCCCCUGGCCCCAGUAGCUUUGACAGAUCCAAAUGCUUCUGCUGCCCAGCAGGCUGUUCUCCAACAGCACAUCAAUAGUCUAACGUACUCACCUUUUGGAGACUCUCCUCUCUUCCGGAAUCCCAUGUCAGACCCUAAGAAGAAAGAAGAAAGAUUGAAACCGACAAAUCCAGCAGCCCAGAAAGCUCUCACUACACCCACUCAUUAUAAACUGACACCUCGCCCUGCCACCAGAGUCCGACCAAAGGCUUUACAAACAACAGGUACAGCCAAGUCACAUCUCUUUGAUGGGCUGGAUGACGAUGAACCAUCCUUAGCGAAUGGAGCGUUCAUGCCCAAGAAGAGCAUUAAGAAGUUGGUUUUGAAAAACCUUAACAAUAGCAAUCUCUUCUCUCCUGUUAAUCGUGAUUCAGAAGAUCUAGCUUCACCAUCUGAUUAUCCAGAAAAUGGAGAGAGAUUCAGUUUCCUGAGCAAACCUGUUGAUGAGAACCAUCAGCAGGAUGGAGAUGAUGAUUCUCUUGUGUCACGUUUUUAUACUAACCCUAUUGCCAAACCCAUUCCUCAAACCCCAGAGAGUGCUGGAAAUAAACACAACAGCAGCAGCAGUGUGGAUGAUACCAUCGUUGCAUUAAACAUGCGUGCUGCCUUACGAAAUGGACUGGAAGGAAGCAGUGAAGAGACCUCUUUUCAUGAGGAGUCUCUGCAGGAUGAUCGAGAAGAAAUAGAAAAUAAUACUUACCAUAUGCACCCGGCAGGCAUUGUUCUCACUAAGGUUGGUUACUAUACAAUUCCAUCUAUGGAUGACCUUGCUAAAAUUACCAAUGAAAAAGGAGAGUGCAUUGUUUCUGACUUCACUAUCGGUCGUAAAGGUUACGGUUCAAUCUAUUUUGAAGGAGAUGUGAAUUUGACAAAUCUAAAUUUGGAUGAUAUUGUGCAUAUCCGAAGGAAAGAAGUAAUUGUCUACUUAGAUGAUAACCAGAAACCACCUGUGGGUGAAGGGCUAAAUAGGAAGGCUGAAGUUACGUUGGACGGAGUUUGGCCAACAGAUAAAACAUCUCGUUGUUUAAUAAAAAGCCCAGAUCGACUUGCCGAUAUCAACUAUGAGGGAAGAUUGGAAGCAGUUUCAAGGAAACAGGGAGCUCAGUUCAAAGAGUACCGUCCUGAAACGGGUUCUUGGGUGUUUAAGGUCUCCCAUUUUUCUAAGUAUGGCCUUCAGGAUUCUGAUGAAGAGGAGGAGGAACGGCCAUCCAAAACUAGUACAAAAAAGUUGAAGACUGCCCCUUUGCCUCCUGCAGGCCAGGCCACACCAUUCCAGAUGGCUCUUAAUGGCAAACCAGCACCUCCACCCCAGGUAGAGAAAGGACAAUGAAUUUGAAUGGAAUCCGUGAUACAGAAGUUGAAAGCAAGUCAUUCAGCUAGUACAAAGCUGUUUGAUGAUCCCUGGAACUUUGAAGAGUACAAAUGUGUUGGCAAUCACAUUGAGACAAGUAGAAGGGAGGGCAUGUGGUGGUACUGGCAUCUGUUUUUCACUUGAAAGAUUUAAAGAAUUCUCUUGGUGUUUGGAUCAUUCCUUCUACAGAUUGUCAUUCUUAAACACCUCCCUCUCUCUCAGUUGGACUUGCUGAAUUCUCUGCUCAGUGAUCAACUUAAGAUAGCAUUUUGCUUGUGUGGGUUGAUGCAAAGUAAAAUGUACUUUUGUGGACUACCUGAUGUGCAAUUUAAUCUUGUUCUUUACCUCCGUGUUUUUCUUAAAAGUUCACUUAGCUUUCUGCAAGGGUUUUUAACUCCAUUUUUCUCAACUUAUUUGCUUAUACUUCAGGUAAUCUCUUGAUAUUUGUAUUUUAGCAAUAUAUAAUCUUUAUGAAAAUAGAUAAAGUUUUAGAAUACAAAUGAAUUAUUUGGCUUGGGGAGAGUAGGGGCUGCAUUGUUUAUUGCAAUUACUUGUAUCAUACUCUUUAGUAUUGUUCAGCUAGUAUAAACCUUUUGUCCUUUUAGGGAAAGGUUUGUAAUUUAAAUAUCAGGUAGUUUCUUUGCCAACUCAUAAUGAUUUUUACUUUCAUUUGGGUGUUAUUUAGCUUCAAUCAAGUUAUAAAAAAUUUUUUCUUUGCUGCCAUAGAACUUGAUAGAGAAUUUCUUUGUAAAGCAUCCUCUACCUCUCAGCUGCUAAGCAGGACCUUUGGAAUUUUUUGUGCUACAAUUCUUAUGGCUGCUGAUUUGUGAGAUUUUUAUGAUUUAUUAAAUAAUUUCUUGGGAGGCAUUUUCUGGAGAUUGUUGUGUAUAUAUGUCCAUAUUUGCGCGUACAGGGUGAGGGGAGGGUCUUAUAAAAGUGGGAAACGGGAACCAUGUCGACUUUUGUGUUUACAAUCUUUGUAGCAUCUAGAAUACCCCUAAGAAAUCUCUUCUGAACUAAAAAAAUGCUGUAAAUGGACUUGGUUUUCCAAUUAUCCUUGUUCAUUUUGUGUGAAUCAUAUCCUUUGUAUAAUUGCUUUCUUUCCAAAGUGUUUUUUGAUCUUACAUUAUGUGUAUUUCUUAGGAUAAGAGUCAGUUAGCCUUAUAUUCUGCCAAUAAAAGUAAUUAUGUAGGAUCCUAAAGAUACACUUGAAAAAGAAAAGCGUCAUCUGUGGAUGGACAGACAGCAAAUUUAUGUAAUGUUGACCAUCAGUGGUUUUUAGGCUCUUUACUUUCCAGAAUACAAAUAGUAAGAGAUAAUUAUAAAUUCCUGUGAUGACAGACACUUCACUAGGUGAGAGCUUGUUGAAAAGAUGAGCACCCAAAAAUUUCACAAGAACAAGGUUCUAGGAAAAAGAGAUGAUAAGGAUCAAAAUGAGCAAAGAGAAUACAGUGAUUAGGGAUCUUUUUCAGAUACCUCCUUUGAUUGAAGAAGUGGAUGGUCUGACUUUUUGCAUGGGAAAAGCAGAAAUGGGAGAUGUUGGUAGAGUUGUUUAGAAAUUCAGGCUAAUGUGUUAGAACAGUAAUGUGGGACUCUAGAGAACUCUUCAUUCAUAUUGCCCAGUGACCUAAGUGAGGCAGGGGGGAAAUGCCAUUGGUUGCACAGUUUUUAGUUAUUAGUACCAAAGGCCUAGAUUUUACUUGGCGUGAUGAAAAUACUUGAGCCAUGUGAAUGAACUCACAAAAGACAGCAUGAUCUCUUCUCAUCUCAACGUCAAGAUGACUAUCUUCACCCCGUCACCUGGCCCCUGUAGAGGUUGAUUUCCAUGAUAACGAUGUUCCUUUAGUCUGCUGUAGCAUUUUUCUUUUUCCUGUACACAAUCUCAGGUUCUCUCUCUGACUUUGUGGAGUUGGGGGAGUUCUUUAGGUAUUAGGAAGAUUUACAUUUUUGUUCAGUGGUCACGUUUAUUCUACCGCCUUUUAUGUAAUAUCCUCAGUCCCCUCUUUGCAGUUUGUUCUUAAGCCUCGCUUUGCUCCUAAGAGAACAAGUUAAUCUAAGCAACGAGAAAACAUAAAGGAAACUAAAAUUUUAUGUAAUCUUCCCUUCUAUGUCUUUUUAGAGAAAAUGUUAGUGAAAAUUCAUCACACAGAUGAAUUUGGGUGAUUUCAGCAACAUUUUGUUUGGUAGUUAGAACAUUAGUUCCAAAAUGCUGAUCUGAGAUCCAGUUUUCAGCUGACUGCAUCAAUACCUCGGUAAGCUUUGAUUCAUGGGGCUCAGACAUAUUUAUAUUUUAAAUGCUUUUCCCCAGGUGACUGAGAUAUGCAGCCAGGUCACUGUUUAUUGAAAAACCUCAGAUCUUUGGGAUCAGGCAGAGAGAUGUGUAGUUUUUUACCUCAGCCUUAUACUGAAGUGUAACUUGUGUUUAGUAUCAUCAAGGCAGACUAGUUGACUUGCUCAGCAAUUUAGCAUUGUUCACUCAGUAUAUUCAAUUAAAUUUUAAAAAAUUUUUAAAGGAAAAAAGUGAUUAAGAUUUAGAAGAGUAUUCCAUUGCGUCUUGUGUACACUUAAAAAAAAAUAAGAUGGCAGCUAUUUAAACUUAUCCAAUGAAUCAAUAUAUUUUAAUAUAUAUUUUAUAUUUUUAUGUAGUUUAUAUAUAUUGCAUAUAUAUAAAAUAAUUCUGUAGCCACAAGCCUCUUUGCUUCAGAUAUUAAUGUUAUAGAGUCCUAUGCCUUCUGUAGUAAUAUCCCUGAAUGUAUGUGUGGAAACAUACACACUUAACUUUGAUGUGCCCUUGAAACUCUGACAUGGAUUUUCUCUUGAGAAUGCAAUAUUGUUGAUAAGGCUGAUUUUCCACCAAAAUGAAUAUAAAACAUUCUUUGUCCUUAGAAGACUAGUUGUUUUGGAGGCGGGCAACGGUAGUGUUUAUACUGGGUUAAAGUAUUUUGAUGAGAGGACAGUAUGAAUUAUUUUCAAACCUGUUUGACCGUGGACUGGUUGUUUACCAUUUGCUAAAUAAUGGUGUCUUGAUUUUACUAUACCUGCUUGAAUUACUUGACCUGCUGGAUUAAGAGAUGAGAUGAUCCAUCUUUAGGGUACUGGCAGAGCUUUGUUUGUAUGAGGAAGAUUCUUUUGAGUUGGAGAGUGGAGGUUUGUCAAAUCAUUAAAAGUUCAGUCGUGAAAUCUCAUCCUCCAUAUAUCUUAAUAGUCAUUUUACAGAUAUUAUCUGGGUACUGGGUAUUUGGAAUGUACUGUGCUGAUAUUUAGACAUAAAUAAGAUACCCCCCGUUCAGGAGAUUACAGUGUAGGAAAGAGAGGUUUAGAAUGAUACUCUAUUUGGCUGCUUCUCCCAUUUCUUUUCCAUAGACCUCCCAGGGGCUUCCUUUUUUUUUCCUCCUCAAUUCCUUUUGAGCCAUCAUUUUUUUAUUAGUCUACUUUUCUUUCCAGGACUGGCUUUGGAAAAACACCUGAUCUCCCAAGAUUUCUCUGAAAAUAAGUACUCAGACUUAUGUAUACUUGUUCACGUAUAGGUGGUGCUAGGAGCUUACCAGAUCCUCAUAGUUUCAUAGUAAUUCACUUCCCCCUUGUCCACUUAUUAGAUGAUAUCUCAUAGCUUUGAAAUCUAUGCAUGAGGGUGGAGCGAAUAAAACCUUGAUCUUUAGCGUUCUUCUUAAAGAUAUGCAGGGUGUCUUAGGUCUCUAAUCUAGUUAUUUGAUGAAAUCUUCCAUUUUGCCUAAAAAUGUUCUAAGGGAAUCUCUCAUGCGUUAAUGUUAUUCCUGUGUUGAGUAGUGUAAUAAGUUGGAACCAUCCUCUCUCUUCUUUCUUUCCUCCCACUUUUCCUCUCUCCUUUUUAUUCUUUCAUAGUUAUUAAUUGCUUUUUUCACUGUGUGCCAGGCACUGCCUUAGGCAAUAAAAAUAGCAAAGAAAGUGUUCAGUGAAUGUUGAAUUUAAUGAUGUGCUUGGUGUUGCAUAUAGAAAACAGUAGGCCAUAAUCUCUGUUUUCAAGCCUUGACAAUCUGGUGGGGCAAAGACAGAUAUGCAAGAAAUUAUAAUACAUCGUGAUACAUUGUAUAAAAUAGAUAGAGACUUGGUGUUGUGGGAGCCCAACAAAGGACAGUAUCCUAACUGACAGAUUGUCAGAGAGAGGGUGGGGAGUUUCAGAACUUUUCUUAAAAGUGAAUUGGUUUAAAAUUAACACAUUAGGGAACCAUUGGGAUAAGAGUGUUCCCAUAAUUCUUGUAAUUAUAAUAGGAGCAUCGUCACCAGGGUUGCAACCCGCCCCCCCCCCAUUCAAAACAUCAAA